UGCACGCGCGCCCGGCCGCGUCCCCGAGCAGGACAGCCAUGGCCCCGCGCGGCCCGCGCCUCGGCGUCCUGGGCGUCCUGGCGGUCCUGGGCGCCUGCUGCGGGGCGGCGGCCGCGCGGCUGUGGCAGUUCUACGUGGCGGCCCAGGGCGUGGACUGGAGCUACCGGCCCGAGACCCCCGAGCCCAGUUCGAAUCCUUCCUUUAAGAAAAUUGUCUACAGAGAGUAUGAACCAUAUUUUCUGAAAGAAAAACCACGAUCCAAAACUUCAGGACUUCUUGGGCCUACCUUGUAUGCUGAAGUUGGAGACAUCAUGAAAGUUCACUUUAAGAAUAAGGCAGACAAGCCCGUAAGCAUCCAUCCUCAAGGAAUUAAAUACAGUAAAUUCUCAGAAGGUGCUUCUUACUCUGACCACACAUUCCUGGUGGAGAAGAUGGAUGAUGCCAUAGCUCCGGGCCAGGAAUAUACGUACGAGUGGAAGAUCAGUGAGGACAGCGGACCCACACACGAUGACCCUCCGUGCCUUACACACAUCUAUUACUCCUAUGAAAAUUUGAUACAGGACUUCAACUCUGGGCUGAUUGGACCUCUGCUCAUUUGUAAGAAAGGCACCCUCACUGACGACGGGAUUCAAAAGAUGUUUGAUAAACAACAUGUGCUGAUGUUUGCUGUGUUUGAUGAAAGCAAGAGCUGGAGCCCGUCAUCGUCUUUAAUGUACACAGUCAAUGGCUAUGUGAACGGAACAAUGCCAGAUAUCACAGUUUGUGCCCAUGACCACAUUAGCUGGCAUCUGAUCGGAAUGAGUUCUGGGCCAGAGCUGUUCUCCAUUCAUUUCAACGGCCAGGUCUUGGAGCAGAAUCAUCAUAAGAUCUCGACUAUCACCCUUGUCAGUGCUACAUCCACUACUGCAAACAUGACUAUGAGCCCAGAGGGAAAGUGGAUCAUAUCUUCUCUCAUCCCAAGACAUUUUCAAGCUGGGAUGCAGGCUCACAUUGACAUUAAAAACUGUGCGAAGAAAACCAGGAAUCCUAAGAAACUAACUCGUGACCAGAGGCGGCACAUGAAGAGGUGGGAAUACUUCAUUGCUGCGGAGGAAGUCAUCUGGGACUAUGCACCGGUAAUACCAGUGAAUAUGGACAAAAAAUACAGAUCUCUGCACUUGGAUAAUUUCUCAAACCAAAUUGGAAAACAUUAUAAGAAGGUUGUCUACAAACAGUAUCAAGAUGAAUCUUUCACUAAACGUAUGGAGAAUGAUAAUAUCAAAGAAGAUGGGAUCUUGGGCCCGAUUAUCAGAGCCCAGGUCAGAGACACACUCAAAAUCGUGUUCAAGAACAUGGCCAGCCGCGUCUACAGCAUUUAUCCGCACGGAGUGACCUUCUCUCCGCACGAAGACGAGGCCAACGCGUCCCUCAGUUCAGGCAACGAGACCGGGGUGCGAGCCGUCCGACCAGGGGAAACGCACACUUACACGUGGAACAUCCUGGAGUCCGACGAGCCCACGGAGCACGACGCGCAGUGCCUGACGAGGCCCUAUUACAGUCACGUGGACGUCGCCAGGGACCUCGCGUCCGGGCUGGUGGGCCUGCUGCUCAUUUGCAAGAGCCGGUCCCUCGAUAAGCGAGGCGUGCAGAGGGCAGCAGACAUCGAGCAGCAGGCCGUGUUUGCUGUGUUUGAUGAGAACAAGAGCUGGUACAUUGAGGACAACAUCAACAAGUUCUGUGAAAAUCCCGACAAGGUGAAACGUGAUGACCCCAAGUUUUAUGAAUCAAACAUCAUGAGCACGAUCAACGGCUAUGUCCCUGAGAGUAUACCCACACUCGGAUUCUGCUUUGAUGACACCGUCCAGUGGCACUUCUGCAGUGUAGGAACCCAGGAUGACAUUUUGACCAUUCACUUCACUGGGCACUCAUUCAUCUAUGGAAAGAGACAUGAGGACACCUUGACCCUCUUCCCCAUGCGUGGGGAAUCUGUGACGGUCACCAUGGAUAAUGUUGGAACUUGGAUGUUAACGACAAUAAAUUCCAAUCCAAGAAACAAAAACCUAAGGUUGAGAUUCAGGGAUGUUAAAUGUAUCCGGGAUGAUUACGAAGACUCAUAUGAGAUUAUCUACGGACCUUCCGCAUCUACAGCCAUGACUACACGGAAAAUGCGUGAUUCUUCAGAAAACAGGGGUGAAGAGGCUGCUGAUGAUGAUGAUUACCAGAACAGCCUGGCUUCGUGGCUGGGAAUUAGGUCAUUCAGAAAUGCAUCACUUAAUCAGGAGGAAGAGGAGUUUAAUCUUACUGCCCUAGCUCUGGAGAACAAUUCUGAAUUCAUUCCUCCUGAUACAGCUCUUAGUUCAAAUUCUUCUUCCCUAAGUAACAUUAGCAGGUUUACUGUCUAUAACUUUGCAAAACCUCAGAAAACUCUUCCUCACCCAGCAGCCACCAUGGCUGGUCCCUCUCUGGGACACAUUGGCUUAGACAAGAACUCAGCUCUCAACCGUUCGACAGCAGAACAUUCCAGCCCUUAUUCUGAAGACUCUGUAGAGGAUCCUCUACAGCCAGACAUCACAGGGAUAAGCCUACUUCCAUUUGAUGCAGAAGGAUUCAGGGGUCAAGAACAUGCUAAGCAUAAGGGAUCCAAGAAAGGAAGAGAGCACACAGCGAAGGACAGGUUCUCCCAAGUGGGAUUUUCAGCACAAAAAACUGGGAGAUACUUAAGCCAAGGCAAUUCUUCUCCUUCCAAAAUGGGAUCCUGGGAAGACCUUCCCAGUGAUCCAUUACUCUUAAAACAAAAGAAUCCAUCCAAGAUUGUGAAUGGGAAGUGGCAUGUGGUGUCUGAGAAAGGUAGUUAUGAAAUAGUUCCAGAUGCUGAUGAAGACAUGGCUGUUGAUAAGCUGCUGGACAGCCCCUGGAAUUCCUCAAGGACUUGGGGAGAAAACAUCCCUCUCAUUAAAAAGCACAGAAAGCAGAGUGGCCACCCCAGAUUUUCUGGAAUUAGAAAUAAAUCUCUCCAAGUAAAACAGGACGGAGGAAACAGUGGAUUGAAGAAAAUCCCUUUUUUCAUUAAAACACGAAAAAAGAAAAAAGAAGUGAAGUUUGCACACCAUAUUCCUCUAUCUCCAAGGGGUUUCCACCCUCUAAGAGGAAAGGCCAAUACCACAUUUUCAGACAGGAGACUUGAUCAUUCAUUGUUACUCCAUAAAUCUGAUGAAACAUCUUUCCCCACAGACCUCAAUCAGACAUUCCCCUCUGUGAAUCUGAGCCUGUUAGCCUCACUUCCUGACCAUAAUCACAAUACCCCAAAUGACGCCAGUCAGACGAGCUCCCCUUCAGAUCUUUAUCAGACAAUACCCCCAGAAGAAUACUAUCAGACAUUUCCUAUUCGAGAGUCUGAUCAAAUACACUCCACUACAGACUCUAGCCACACAUCUCCUCCAGAGUCUGGCCAGAUGCUCGACUAUGACCUAAGAAAAAAGCCAUUCUCUACUGACAUUGAUCAAAUGUUCCCUCCUUUGGAAUCUGAAGCCUGGCAGGCAACUCUCUCUGCAGGUCUCAGUCAACUAACCAUUUCUCCGGAUCUUGACCAUACAACCUUUUCUCCAGACCUCAGCCAGACAACCCUGUCCCCAGACCUCAGCAAGACAACCCUUUCCCCAGACUUUGACCAUACAACCUUUUCUCCAGACCUCAGCCAGACAACCUUUUCUCCAGACCUCAGCCAGACAACCUUUUCUCCAGACCUCAGCCAGACAAACCUGUCCCCAGACCUCAGCAAGACAACCCUUUCCCCAGACUUCGACCAUACAACCUUUUCUCCAGAGCUCAUCCAGACAACGUUUUCUCCAGACCUUGACCAGACAACAUUUUCUCCAGACCUCAACCAGGCAACCUUUUCUCCAGACCUCGACCAGGCAACAUUUUCUCCAGACCUUGACCAGACAACCUUUUCUCCAGACCCUGACCAGACAACCUUUUCUCCAGACCUCAGCCAGACAACACUUUACCCAGACCUUGACCAGACCAGCUUUUCUUCAGACCUCAGCCAGACAACACUUUCCCCAGACCUCAGCCAGACACCCUUUUCUCCAGACCUUGACCAGGAGACUCUCUCAUCAGACAUCAGCCAGACAACCCUUUUUCCAGACCUCGAUCAGAUGCCACUUUACCCAGACCUCAACCAGGCAACUCUCUCUCCAAACAUUAGUCAAACAGCCCUUCCUCCUGAUCUAGAUACAUCACUCCCUCCAGACCUUGAUCAGACAUCGUACACCUCUGAAUCUACUCAGUCAUUGCUUCUUCCAGAAUUUGGUCAGACUUCCCCUCAUCCAGACAUUGGUCAGGUGCCAUCUCCUACCCUAAAUAACACUUUUAUGCCAAGAGAGAUUAACCCACCUGUCGUAAUAGGCCUCAGUGCAAAUGAUGGAGAUUAUAUUGAGAUUAUUCCAAGGCAGAAGGAAGAGAGCAGUGAAGAAUACACUGCUGAAAUUGAUUUUGUGGCCUAUGAUGACCCUUACCAAACUGAUACUAGGACAGACAUUAACUCCUCCAGAAAUCCUGACAGCAUUGCAGCGUGGUACCUUCGCAGCAACAGUGGAAACAGAAAAUAUUAUUACAUUGCUGCUGAAGAAAUAUCCUGGGAUUAUUCAAAAUUUGCUCAAAGUGAAGACGUUGAUGAUGAUCCAGAGAACACCAUAUACAAGAAAGUAGUCUUUCGGAAGUACCUUGAUAGCACUUUUACCAAACGUGAUCCUUUGGGGGAGUAUGAAGAGCAUCUCGGCAUUCUUGGUCCUAUUAUUAGAGCUGAAGUGGAUGAUGUCAUCCAAGUUCGUUUCAAGAAUUUAGCAUCCAGACCAUAUUCUCUUCAUGCCCACGGGCUUUCCUACGAAAAGUCAUCAGAGGGAAAGACUUACGAAGAUGACUCUCCUGAGUGGUUCAAGGACGAUAAUGCUGUUCACCCAAACAGCAGUUACACGUACGUAUGGCACGCCACCACCCGAUCCGGACCAGAGAGUCCCGGCUCUGCCUGCCGGGCCUGGGCUUACUACUCAGCAGUGAACCCGGAAAAAGAUAUCCAUUCUGGCUUGAUAGGUCCCCUUCUGAUCUGUGAAAAAGGAGUCCUUGAUAAGAGCAACACACCCAUGGAUAUGAGAGAAUUCGUCUUGCUUUUUAUGAUCUUUGAUGAAAAGAAGAGCUGGUACUAUGAAAAGAAGGCCCAGUCCCCCAGGCCUUGGAGACUUGCAUCUUCAGUAGUCAAAAACUCCCAUGAGUUUCAUGCCAUUAAUGGGAUGAUCUACAACUUGCCUGGCCUGAGAAUGUUCGAGCAAGAGUGGGUGAGGUUACACCUGCUGAACAUGGGCAGCUCCCGAGACAUCCACGUGGUUCACUUUCACGGCCAGACCUUGCUGGAAAACGGCACUCAACAGCACCAGCUGGGGGUCUGGCCCCUGCUGCCUGGUUCAUUUAAAACUCUUGAAAUGAAGGCAUCAAAAGCUGGCUGGUGGCUGCUGGACACAGAGGUUGGAGAAAACCAGAGAGCAGGGAUGCAAACACCGUUUCUCAUCAUAGACAGAGAAUGUAAGAUGCCAAUGGGACUAAGCACUGGUAUCAUAGCUGAUUCACAGAUCAAGGCUUCUGAGCAUUUGGGUUAUUGGGAACCCAAAUUAGCAAGAUUAAACAAUGGUGGGUCAUAUAAUGCUUGGAUCACAGAGAAACCUUCAACAGAACUUGACUCUAAGCCUUGGAUCCAGGUGGACAUGCAGAGGGAAGUCGUACUCACGGGGAUUCAGACUCAAGGGGCCAAGCAGUAUCUGAAGUCCUACUACACCACGCAGUUCUCUGUGGCGUACAGCUCCGACCGCACGAACUGGCAGAUCUUCAAGGGGAACAGCGCCAGGAACGUGAUGUAUUUUGAUGGCAAUUCGGAUGCCUCUACGAUAAAAGAGAAUCGGUUUGACCCACCUAUUGUGGCUAGAUAUAUUAGGAUCUCUCCAACGAGAUACUAUAACAGACCGGCCCUUCGGUUGGAGCUGCAAGGCUGUGAGGUUAACGGAUGCUCCGCACCACUGGGUAUGGAAAGUGGAAAGAUAGAAAACAAGCAAAUCACAGCUUCCUCAUUCAAAAAAUCUUGGUGGGGAGAUUACUGGGAACCCUUCCGUGCCCGUCUCAAUGCCCAGGGUCGUGUGAACGCCUGGCAAGCCAAGGCAAACAACAACCAACAGUGGUUACAAAUUGAUCUGCUCAAAAUCAAGAAGAUAACUGCGAUUGUAACACAGGGCUGCAAGUCUCUGUCCUCCGAGAUGUACGUGAAGAGCUACAGCAUCCAGUACAGUGACCAGGGCAUGGAAUGGAAGCCUUACAGGCAGGGAUCCUCCAUGGUGGCCAAGAUUUUCGAAGGAAAUAAUAAUAUCAAAGGACAUGUGAAGAACUUUUUCAACCCACCAAUUAUCUCCAGGUUUAUCCGCAUCAUUCCUAAAACAUGGAAUCAAAGUAUUGCACUUCGCUUGGAACUCUUUGGCUGUGAUAUUUACUAGAAUUGAAUAUUCAAAGACAUAGGAAGGACUCGUAAAGCUAUCAACCCAUUUAGAGCAGGCAAUGUAUUUUAUAGCUAUUUUAAACAUUAAUAGUUUUCAGUAUUUUCCCUUUUUUCUAUUAGAGAAUAAAAUUUUAUAUAUGAAACUUUCAUAAUGUAAACUCCUUGCUACAAUUCAGUGAGAUAAUAGAUAUUAAUUCUUAAUUGAUCUGAAUAUAGAUGGGAAAAAUAUCGAGAACCAACAAGCAAAUGGCUUCUUUCACAAUGAUUAAAAAUGCUAUGUAAAGUAAUAUUUAUGUAGUUAGCAAUGCUUCAUUAUAGUUCUUUUACAACCUACACACACUAAUAAAAAAGAUACUACUUUAAAAAAAAAAAA